AUGGCGAUUUCAGAUUCGCCUGAGACCGUAGGCAUCACAGGCACCAGCACGAGCCCUCUCACCGACUCGGAUCUCACCCACACCCUCCGACGCAGGCCCGCCGCCGCCACAACCGUAACUAGAGAUGUAGCCGAUUCCGGCUCCAAGACCGGCGAAGACGACAGUACGUUGAACGAUUUGGUCAGAGACUCCGGCAGUGACGACUCGGUGACCGCCAAGAUCUGCGAACCCGGCGAUAACGUUCGUAUUGGAGGCUCGGAAGCUUCUAUGGAUUCGGUCAAUGCUGUCCAAGACAAUAAAGGACUCGGCGAAAAUGAUCGAGGCGGCGAUCGUUCGGCUGUGAAAUUCGCGUAUCGGCCUUCGGUUCCAGCUCAUCGAAGAGUCAAAGAGAGCCCUCUCAGCUCUGAUGCCAUCUUCAGACAGAGCCAUGCAGGUCUCUUCAACCUGUGUAUAGUAGUGCUUGUUGCUGUAAACAGCAGGCUUAUCAUCGAGAAUUUAAUGAAGUAUGGUUGGUUAAUUAAAACUGGUUUUUGGUUUAGUUCAAGAUCAUUGCGAGAUUGGCCCCUUCUUAUGUGCUGCCUCACUCUUCCAAUUUUCCCACUUGCCGCCUUUGUAGUUGAGAAGUUAGCCCUGCAAAAGUCUAUAUCUGAACCUGCUGUUGUUUCUCUUCAUAUGAUCAUUACCACAACUUCAAUUUUGUAUCCGGUUUUGGUGAUUCUCAGGUGCGAUUCUGCUGUUUUAUCUGGUGUUACGUUGAUGCUCUUUGCUUGCAUCGUGUGGUUAAAGCUCGUUUCUUAUGUGCAUACAAACUAUGACAUGAGAGCGCUUGGCAAAUCAACUGAAAAGGGGGAUGCCGUGCCCAGUUCUUCAAAUACAGAUAUCCCUCACAAUAUUAGCUUAAAAAGUUUGGCAUACUUCAUGGUUGCUCCGACAUUAUGUUAUCAGACUAGUUACCCUCGUACAGCAUGUGUUCGAAAGGGUUGGGUGUUUCGUCAACUUGUCAAGUUGAUAAUUUUUACUGGACUGAUGGGAUUUAUAGUAGAACAAUACAUUAAUCCUAUUGUCAAGAAUUCACAACAUCCUUUGAAGGGGAACCUCUUAUAUGCAAUAGAGAGGGUUUUGAAACUUUCUGUUCCCAAUUUAUACGUGUGGCUAUGCAUGUUCUAUUGCUUUUUCCACCUCUGGUUAAAUAUUCUUGCUGAGCUGCUUUGUUUUGGUGAUCGAGAGUUCUAUAAAGAUUGGUGGAAUGCAAAGACAGUUGAGGAGUAUUGGAGAAUGUGGAAUAUGCCUGUUCAUAAAUGGAUGGUUCGCCAUAUCUAUUUUCCAUGCCUACGGCAUGGAGUACCAAAGGGAGUUGCCAUUGUAAUCGCCUUCCUAGUAUCUGCUGUAUUUCAUGAGCUGUGCAUUGCUGUUCCUUGCCACAUGUUCAAGUUGUGGGCUUUCAUAGGAAUUAUGUUGCAGGUACCGCUUGUCUUGAUCACAAAUUACCUGCAAGAUAAAUUCAGAAACUCGAUGGUUGGAAAUAUGAUCUUUUGGUUCAUCUUUUGCAUCCUUGGUCAGCCUAUGUGUCUGCUUCUAUAUUACCACGACUUGAUGAAUCGGAAAGGGAAAGCUGAAUAA